AUGUCCUCCAUUACAGAGGUUACGGAACACACCGCAAAGGUUGACCUCUUUCACAACUAUCAAAACUCGAUCAAUGGAAACUUGGUGAGCACUGAGCUCACUAGAUAUGCUAUCAAUCCGGCUAUUGGUGAGCCCAAUGAGCUGGUGCCCAUUUCCACACCGCAGGAUGUGAAUACUGCAAUGGAUGCGGCACAAGCCGCGUUCACAUCUUGGCGCAAAAGCUCCUACGAAUUUCGCAAGGCAUGUCUGUGCAAAUUCAUCGCGCUCUUAACAAAAGAGCAAGGAAAGCCGCUCAAGUUCGCAACGGUAGAAUACGAAAAGGCCAUCGAAUGCAUGCAGGCCUUUGCCGAUCUAGAACUGAAAGAAGAGGUCGUACAGGAAGACGAUGAAACGCGUAUAGUGUGCCGGUAUACACCACUGGGCGUCUCCGUUGGCAUCGUCCCAUGGAACUUUCCUCUCCUCCUCGCUUGCAUCAAACUGGCUCCUGCGACACUGGCAGGAAAUACCAUCAUCAUCAAGCCUUCGCCAUUUACACCUUAUUGUGGUCUAAAGCUGGCUGAGUUGGCGCAAGAAUGCUUCCCACCGGGUGUCGUCCAAGCGCUGAGUGGCGACGACAACUUGGGGCCAUGGCUAACCGCGCACCCCAUCCCGGAGAAGAUUUCUUUCACAGGAUCGACAGCCACGGGUAAAAAGAUCCUGCAGGUCGCGGCUGCGACCAUGAAGCGUGUUACCUUGGAAUGUGGUGGCAAUGACCCAGCCAUCAUCUGUUCGGACGUUGACAUUGAUGAAACGGCGGAAAGGGUUGCACACUUCUGCUUCCUGAAUUCCGGUCAGAUCUGCCUUGCCAUCAAGCGCAUUUAUGUCCACGAGUCCAUUUAUGAAGCAUUCCGAGAUGCGAUGGUCCGAUUUAUGAAUACAUACAAGAUUGGAAACGGGGUCGACGAGGGUGUGUUCCUGGGCCCAGUUCAGAACAAAAUGCAGUUCGACCGGGUUCAAGGGUUUUUGGACGAUAUCGAGAAAGAAAAUUGGUCUGUCGCAACUGGUGGCAAGAACAUCGACAGGUCUUCUGGUUACUUCAUGACUCCUACCUUGAUCGAUAAUCCUCCGGAUGAUAGCAGAAUCGUGCAAGAGGAGCCUUUCGGUCCGAUAGUACCCUUGAUGACUUGGACCAACGAAGAUGAUGUUAUUUCUCGUGCCAAUGACACCCGGAUGGGUCUUGGGGCCUCAGUCUGGUCAAGAGACCUUGACCAAGCCGGCCGAAUUGCACGCAAUAUCGAAGCUGGGUCCGUAUGGGUGAACACGCAUUACGCGUUGCAACCAGCCGUUCCGUACGGUGGUCACAAGGAGAGUGGUAUUGGGUUGGAAGCUGGAAUGGGAGGGCUAUUGGCAUUUUGUAACCCACAGUACCUGCACCUGAAGAAGUAA